AUGGUAGACUGGAAAUCGGAGGAAGUGAUCCAGAUGGAUUCCAUGAUCUUCCUGAAGCUUACGCAUGCCCUCCUUGGUCUAUACUUAUGGGAAUUCUUCAUCUCUCUGGACUUUGACUGGGCUGUCAUGACGGGCAAGACGAGAUUCCGCUGGCCACUGAUUUUCUACUUUGCCGGCCGGUAUAUUCUUCUUUUUGCGCUUAUUGGAAUCGCCAUAGCCCUGGACACACAAAGCGAAAUCAAUUGUCAGGCACUUUAUGCCUUUAAUCAGCUAGCCGGGAAUGCGGCAGUUGGACUCGCGAGCAUUAACCUUUCUGUCCAGACCGUAGCUAUCUGGUCUCAGAACAUCUGGAUCAUUGUCCUCUUGGUGUUAAUUAUCAUCGGGCAUUGGUCCCUCAUUCUGCAAGGUAUCCUUCUGAAUGCCGUCUGGCUUCCCGGCCUUGAUUGUACAAUCACUAACAGUGACAACACUAUCCUUGCUGCAACUUUUAUUUAUUCAAUGUGUUUUGACUUUGUGGUCUUGUGCCUCUCAGCAUAUAAGCUCGCCUGGACACACACGUGGAGUGGCACGCACGUCGCACCCACAAGACUUGUCAGGAUGUUGUUCUCUGAUGGCUUGGUAUAUUUUUUCAUCGCGUUCGGGUCCAAUGUGAUCGCGACGACAAUGAUGGUACUCGACUUGAACCCCAUCAUGAGUGUCAUUUUCAACGUUCCAGCUGCUAUUGCUUCAACAAUUGUGGCAUCUCGUGUUGUCAGGCGCCUGACCAACUUCCAGCAUUCAGCACUAGAGAUGAUGUAG